CCUUGUAAAGAGUUGACAGAUUGUAAAUUAAAUGUCGUCGUUAAUAGCAACAAUCUUUCUGAGCUCUCGCUCUCUGUAAUCUCCAUUUUCAAACCCUUCAAUUCUACGCAUCUCCGUCCCCCGGGAAGAAAUCUAGGGUUUCCAGUUCUCCGGUAUAGCUAAAUCGCGGUUCGCUGCGGUAAACUUCUCCAUUUCUCACUUCGAAGAGGUUAUUCUUGUACUCUGUAUUGACUAGUAUCUGAGGGGAGGAUUUACAGUGAAGUGAUUGUUCUCAACUCUUAAGAGUGUUUCUGAGGGGUCUACAAGGGAGUAAGGAAGCCUGGUUAUUUUGACUAUUUUCUCCUUAAGUUCUGGAAAUGAGCAAUGCUAUUCAAAUGGACAACUCCAGUCCCCAGCUACAACUAGCUCUCCCUGUGAAGCGUCGAAGAGGUAGACCAAGGAAGGAUCAGAGCCCAAGUCAUGGAAGGGAUGCUCCUAUAGUUCCACCUGGCAUUGAAAGAAUAACUCAAAACCCUGCUCAUCAAGUGGAUACAAUGGUAGGUCAGGCAGUUACAGGUAUAAUAGAAGCCUCAUUUGAUGCUGGGUUUCUGCUCAGUGUUACUAUCGGAGACUCCAAAACCAAGCUUAGAGGCAUUGUCUUUAAACCGGGACAUUAUGUCCCUAUAACAUCAGAAAAUGAUAUCGCCCCACAUGUAGAGAUGAUACACAGAAACGAAAUCCAUCUUCCUGUUGGAGAUAAAGUACGUAGACGUAGGCGUUACAAACACAAGGCCGAGUUCAAGGAGUCAAAAGAUAAUCAGUUGUCUACUAUAGUGUUGGCUCCUUCUGUCCCUCCUGUGGGGGCCAGAGGAACCGUGGUUCCUGUUGUGCUCCAACCGGCCAACCUAACCAACCGGUCAGCAAGGUCUGGUCAAGAACCGUUGGACAUGUCCCAGGCUAAUGUGGAAACUUUAAAGGGGAAAAGCAUGCAGAUAUUUGCACCAUUAGCUAUGUUACCACCUGAUGGAUCAACAUCCAUGAUCAGCAGCCAUGGAGUAGAAAAUGUGCAAAAUCAAAGAAGAGCCGGGGAAGAGACAAACCCGUUAGCAUCUCGCAACAAUGAAGUUAUUAUGCGUAAUGGUGAUUCUGACAGAAGCCAUGGAUAUACCCAACCAACACAAAGUUCAAGUGUGAGAAGAGAAAAAAAGGACAUGAAUGAGAGCCCAUCAACAGAACCCCUUGAAGUUUCAGAUUCCAAAAUUCUUCUCCAUUACGGCACUGGCAAUAUGACUAAGCUUUUACAGGUUAUGCAGGAGAAAAUGGUAGGGAACAAAGAGCACGAGUCUGACUCAGCUGCUGGCCUGAAAAACAAGUCCUGAUGUAAUGAAAUUCCCAGAGACAAAAGCCAAGAAGAAAGGUAUUCCCAGAGUGUUUGUUGAUAAUACCCAUACCCAUAAAAAUGUGUAAGCAGUCUCUUGUACUUGGAGGACAAAAAAGAGAGACUGAAAAACUCUGCUAGUUGAUAUGUUGUUGACUUGUGGAUUUAGAGUUUGUUGAUGUUGUAUAAAUUACAUCUUGAAAC